CUUCGACAGCUUUGGCUGGGCUUUCCUGGCGCUGUUCCGGCUGAUGACUCAAGACUACUGGGAGAACCUCUACCAUCAGGUACACUACUCUGUAUAGACUGUUAUGAACUGGGCCUGGUUGUGUGUAUGUGUGUGUGUAAAAAAAAAAUGUAUGCACUCACUAAACUUUAAGUCGCUCUGGAUAAGAGCGUCUGCUAAAUGACUAAAAUGUACAAAUGUUAAUCAAAUCAAAUCAAAUCAAAUUUUAUUGGUCACAUGCGCCGAAUACAACAGGUGCAGACAUUACAGUGAAAUGCUUACUUACAGCCCUUAACCAACAGUGCAUUUAUUUUAAACAAAAAAAGUAAGAAUAAAACAACAACAAAAAAAAGUGUUGAGAAAAAAAGAGCAGAAGUAAAAUAAAGUGACAGUAGGGAGGCUAUAUAUACAGGGGGGUACCGUUGCAGAGUCAAUGUGCGGGGGCACCGGCUAGUUGAGGUAGUUGAGGUAAUAUGUACAUGUGGGUAGAGUUAAAGUGACUAUGCAUAAAUACUUAACAGAGUAGCAGCAGCGUAAAAAGGAUGGGGUGGGGGGGCAGUGCAAAUAGUCCGGGUAGCCAUGAUUAGCUGUUCAGGAGUCUUAUGGCUUGGGGGUAGAAGCUGUUGAGAAGCCUUUUGGACCUAGACUUAACCUGCUGUAUCUCCGUUCCCUCCCCAGACUCUGAGGUCAGCGGGGAAGACCUACAUGGUGUUCUUUGUGCUGGUGAUCUUCCUGGGGUCCUUCUACCUGGUCAACCUGAUCCUGGCUGUGGUGGCCAUGGCCUACGAGGAGCAGAACCAGGCCACCAUCCAGGAGGCCUGGAUGAAGGAGAGGGAGUUCCAGCUGGCCAUGGAACAUCUACGCAGAGAACAGAGGGUAGGUUUUAUUUUUGUAUUCGGACGAUAGGUUUAUAUGCGGACGAUCGGUUUUUAUUCAGACGAUAGGUUUUUAUUCAGACGGUCGGUUUUUGUAUUCAGGCGGUAUGUUUGUAUUCAGAGGGUAGGUUUGUAUUCAGAUGAUAAGUUUAUAUUCAGACGGUUGGUUUGUAUUCAGACGAUAGGUUUGUAUUUAGACGGUAGGUUUGUAUUCAGAGGUUAGGUUUGUAUUCAGAGGGUAGGUUUGUAUUCAGAGGGUAGGUUUGUAUUCAGACUGUAAGUUUGUAUUCGGAGGGUAGGGUGUAGGUUUUCGGAAGGUGGACAUUUUCUAUCCAGAUUCAGGUUCAGAAAGCUUUAUUGUCCCAACAUUGGGCAAUUUGAGUUGCAGCUUUAUUAACACUGUACAACACCAAUAAAGAGAACAGAGGGUAGCUAGGCUACGUCUGGGUUGGGGUUCAUUCGAAUUGAAUUCACUGAAAUAAAUAGAUUUUCCCUUUCAGUUGAAUUAAUUAAUUAUUGAAUUAACAUUUCAGUUUACUUCCUGAAUUGACUGUCUUCAAUUCGAAUUGACCCCAACCCUGGUUUACAUUAGAACCAUAUGCAGUAUGUUAUAAUAUAUUUAGCUAUACAGGUAUACUCGCUAUAUACUGUAUGGCUCUGGUUGAAAGUUUAUUUUAAAACAUACUGUUACUUAUUUUGUUUUUCUUUUUGUUUUUCUUUUGCCAAUUCAGGAAAUUAAAGUAUGUAUUACAUUUUAGGAAUACCUUAUUGUAAUAAUGAUUGUAGCACUACUAAUUAACAUCUGUCUAGAAUGUGUGUUAAAUUCCUUUAAAGUCAAUGGUAAAACACAGAUAGUAUCAGUUAUUGUAAACUGAACUUGUUUCUCUACUUGUGAAGAUGGCAGAAAGAAGAAUUCAGCAGGAGACAGACUCGGUUAUGUCUCCAGAGCUGUCACCGUUCCAACUAAAAGUGGGCAGCAGUUUGAGACGGACAGCCAGUAGAAAAUCUCGCAGGGUGCUGUCCGAGGAUCCGGAGGAGGAAGCAGAUGAGAAGUUUGAUCCACUGGAUGAGCGGGUGGUACGACAGACACAUUUACAUUACAUAGCAUUUUGGCCAUUUAGCCAUUUAUCCAGAGCCACAUACAGUCAGUGCAUUCCUCUUAAUGUAGCUAGGUAAGACACCUUACUGAACUUCCAGAGGGACUGUUAUAACGUGUCUGUCUUGGAAAGUUUGAAUGUUGACUAGAACCUUGUUUAGAAUCACAAUGUUCAUCGUUAGCCUUAUGACAAUCACAAUACUCAAAAAGUGCUUUAGAUUGUAAAGGCAAACUCACCUUAUCCACUACCAAUGUGCAGCACCCGUCAAUUAAUGUCUCACUAUUUUUUUGAGGAAUUGUUCGUCUUCUACAACUAACUCUCUCUCUCUCUCUUUAUCUCUCUCUCUUUAUCUCUCUCUCUCUCUCACACGCCUUCUCUCUCUCGCUCUCUCUCUCUCUCUCUCUCUCUCUCUCUCUCUCUCUCUCUCUCUCUCUCUCUCUCUCUCUCUCUCUCUCUCUCUCUCUCUCUGUCUUUAUCUCUCUCUCUUUAUAUCUCUCUCUUUAUCUCUCUCUCUCACAUGCCUUCUCUCUCUCGCUCUCUCUCUCUCUCUCUCUCUCUCUCGCUCUCUCUCUCUCUCUCUCUCUCUCUCUCUCUCUCUCUCUCUCUCUCUCUCUCUCUCUCUCUCUCUCUCUCUCUCUCUCUUUCUCUCUCUCUCUUUCCUUAUCCUCCCUCCAGUCCCCCCUGCCUCCCAUGUCCCCCAUGCCCAUUCACCCUCUCCUUGCUGCCAUGUCCUCCCACCCUCUCAGCACGCGCCGCAGCAGCCAGGCCAGUAUCUUCUCCUUCCGACCCCGUACCACCUCCGAUGCCGACUUCGGGGACGAUGAGUACAGUGUUCAUGGGGACAUCAUGGGGAGGAGUAGGACAGGCUCCGCCAUCGGCCCCAACUGGCAGCACAAGCACAAAAGGACAGGCAGCGUGAGGAGCCAUUGUUCCCAGGUCUUAACCCCCAGUCUCAACAUCAACGGACGUCUCAACAUCUCCCUGGACCAGAACGGGGUCACCACUGUCGGCCUGCACACCCCCACCUCCCUGCCCGCCUGCAGCAUGGAGAAGGUCAAAGAAGAUACAGUUAGUGAAGUUUAAAAAAAGUGUUCUUUUAACCAGGGCUUUUUCAAGUGAGCCCUGUUGUAGUACUGUAGUCUAUGACAAAUAUUUUUGUAAAAAGCUUUGUGUAAAUAUAAUGUGAUUGACUUAAUUAAUUGAUUGUUUGAUUGGUCAGUGUUGGUCAAACUUUUAUUUCUCCCAUUUUUCCAGGAGCCCACCUGUAUAGAGGAGUCCAGUCCCAAGCCGGGCCAGCUCUCCCCCGAGGCUGCUGAGCCUCCCCUCCGUAGGAAACGCGGUCUGAGCUCCGUUAGCUUCCUCAGCGAUGCCAUGGAUGGUGAGGGUACCUUCAGAGGUCAGAGGUCAAUUUACAGAGGCUCUUUUAACGCCCAACUAACUCAUUAUAACUUCACUAUAAAUGUCUAACUAACUCAUUAUGACUUCAUUAUAAAUGUCUAACUAACUCAUUACAACUUCACUAUAAAUGUCUAACUAACUCAUUAUGACUUCAUUAUAAAUGUAUAACUAACUCAUAACUAAUGUAUAACUUACAAGUUCAUCUACAACUAGCUCAAAACGAACGUGUAAGUAAGUCAUAACUAACUGAUGGCUAAUUGACUUGACUGGAAUGUUAAAGGGCUUAACAAGCCAAUAAGAAUGUAAAAGUUAAUCCUAUAAAGGAUUUUAAAACAAUAACUGUUAGUAUUGCCAGUGCACAUAUAGUCUUUGACAAGCAGCUAAAUGAAAAGCACACAAUGUCAACCACUGUUUCACAUCUUUGUAGUUAAUAAAUUAUGACAGAUUUAUAAACUAUCUAUAAACUACUUAUUAACAGUUUUAUAAACGACUUAUAAACCCUUUAUAAAUUCUUUAUGAAUAUAAAGUGAAACCUUUAAAACCGCUUGGGCUUCCAAAAUCGUUCCCAAAAGUUCUCUGAAAUUUUUCCGAAAUCUGUUGGAGGUUUCCCUGAAUUAGGAGGGCAUGAUCAAGGAGAGGAUCUUUCAACCAAGAUUUCUUGAAAAACCCAAGGAACUGUGGGAAAGUUUGUGUGGAAUUUUACACAGCCCUAAAACCAUUACAACCUAACCCCCCUGUGUCUGGUCUCUGCCACCCAGACCUGGAAGAGUCUCGUCAGAAGUGCCCCCCUUGCUGGUACACCUUUGCCAAGGCGUACCUGAUCUGGGACAGGUGCCCGUGGUGGCUGAAGGUGAAGGAGUAUGUGAAGAUGAUUGUGAUGGAUCCCUUCCUGGACCUGGCCAUCACCAUCUGUAUCGUCCUCAACACUCUCUUCAUGGCCCUGGAACACUACCCCAUGACUGACGAGUUCAACAACGUGCUCUCUGUUGGCAACCUGGUAAGGAUUUCCAAAAUCAUAUGACUGUUACAAUUAUUAACAACACUUACCAACCUAUCCACAAUCACACAACAAUCACAAUAUUCCCUCAACAUGGUAAGGUUAUUUUUUUGUGAACAAUUGUUUUAUGAUAGAUUCUUAUAAACAGUCAAUUAGUAUCACAUUACAACUGAUAAGAUGUUUUUUUAAUGUAUUAUUACAAUUAAUAAAUUACUUACCACCUAUCCACAAUCACACAACAGUUACGGAAAUAGUAAUCACAUAACCUAGAAGACACAAUGGAAACUAGGGUUGUAAAAUCAGACACAAUGGAAACUAGGGUUGUAAAAUCAGACACAAUGGAAACUAGGGUUGUAAAAUCAGACACAAUGGAAACUAGGGUUGUAAAAUCAGACACAAUGGAAACUAGGGUUGUAAAAUCCCAGAAUCAGAAGGGAAUAAACGAGGAAUCCAACAGGGAUUUCUGAAAAUAUUUGAAACUUUGGGAAAUAUAUUUUCAACCCUGAAAUUGGCAACACCAGUCUAUUCAAUCCAGAUCAACACCAGUCUAUUCAAUCCAGAUCAACACCAGUCUAUUCAAUCCAGAUCAAUCCAGAUCAACACCAGUCUAUUCCAUCCAGAUCAACACCAGUCUAUUCCAUCCAGAUCAACACCAGUCUAUUCCAUCCAGAUCAACACCAGUCUAUUCAAUCCAGAUCAAUCCAGAUCAACACCAGUCUAUUCAAACCAGAUCAACACCAGUCUAUUCAAUCCAGAUCAACACCAGUCUAUUCCAUCCAGAUCAACACCAGUCUAUUCAAUCCAGAUCAAUCCAGAUCAACACCAGUCUAUUCAAUCCAGAUCAACACCAGUCUAUUCCAUCCAGAUCAACACCAGUCUAUUCAAUCCAGAUCAACACCAGUCUAUUCCAUCCAGAUCAACACCAGUCUAUUCCAUCCAGAUCAACACCAGUCUAUUCAAUCCAGAUCAACACCAGUCUAUUCCAUCCAGAUCAACACCAGUCUAUUCAAUCCAGAUCAAUCCAGAUCAACACCAGUCUAUUCAAUCCAGAUCAACACCAGUCUAUUCCAUCCAGAUCAACACCAGUCUAUUCCAUCCAGAUCAACACCAGUCUAUUCAAUCCAGAUCAACACCAGUCUAUUCAAUCCAGAUCAAUCCAGAUCAACACCAGUCUAUUAAAUCCAGAUCAAUCCAGAUCAACACCAGUCUAUUCAAUCCAGAUCAACACCAGUCUAUUCAAUCCAGAUCAAUCCAGAUCAACACCAGUCUAUUCAAUCCAGAUCAACACCAGUCUAUUCCAUCCAGAUCAACACCAGUCUAUUCAAUCCAGAUCAAUCCAGAUCAACACCAGUCUAUUCAAUCCAGAUCAACACCAGUCUAUUCAAUCCAGAUCAACACCAGUCUAUUCAAUCCAGAUCAACACCAGUCUAUUCAAUCCAGAUCAACACCAGUCUAUUCAAUCCAGAUCAACACCAGUCUAUUCAAUCCAGAUCAACACCAGUCUAUUCAAUCCAGAUCAACACCAGUCUAUUCAAUCCAGAUCAAUCCAGAUCAACACCAGUCUAUUCAAUCCAGAUCAACACCAGUCUAUUCCAUCCAGAUCAACACCAGUCUAUUCAAUCCAGAUCAAUCCAGAUCAACACCAGUCUAUUCAAUCCAGAUCAACACCAGUCUAUUCAAUCCAGAUCAACACCAGUCUAUUCAAUCCAGAUCAACACGGUUGGUUAGGGAGUGAUAGGGAGUAGGAUAAUCUUCUAAUACUCAUCUCCCUCUUCUUGCUGUUAAUCUGAAACCCUGUAGGCCUCAGGGGAGGCCAAUGCCAUUCACAGAUAAUAGAGAAUAACAGUAUUAUACAGUAGAAACACAAUAUUAACAUAGCUAUGACAUACGAUACGACAAAUUUAAGUGAAAAAAAAAAGUUCCUCAAAGUCCAAGGAAUUAACAGAAUGAGAAUGAGUCCAUUGCUGAUCAUGGUUGUACACUGGGUCUGUACUGGUUGUGUGAUGGUUGUUUUAAUGUUUUUUUUGUAUCGGUUGGGUAUUAUCUGUGUGCUUUCACAGGUGUUCACGGUGAUCUUCACGGCAGAGAUGGUGUUCAAGCUGAUAGCCAUGGAUCCGUACUACUACUUCCAGCAGGGCUGGAACAUGUUUGACGGCAUCAUCGUGUGUCUCAGCCUCAUGGAGCUGGGUCUGUCCAACGUCGAGGGACUGUCUGUCCUGCGCUCCUUCAGACUGGUAAUGCCACCUGUCACACAGAGACAUUUCAUUUUAAUUUCAUUUCAUGACAUUUGAUAAACAUUUUAUUUAUGUAUUUAUUUCCUUUAUUAUAUAUUUUAUUUGUUUGAUUGGUAAUGAUUGGUUUAAACAAAAAAAUAAAAUAAAAUGCUACAUCAAAAUAAUUAUUCCCUCUUAAUAAUAUGUUUGAGGGUGAGAAACUUCAAACUUAGCAUACCCCCCCCCCCUCCCUUUCCACAGUAGCAUAAUAUGUUGUGCAUUACAAUGAGAUUUAGAGAGUUGGUGACACAUUUUAGUGGAAUCACUUCAAUUACGAGCAACAUGAAAAUGGAUCAGGUAAACAACAGGACUCUGAUUUAGAUGCUGAGACGUGUCAAACAACAGGAAUCUGAUCUAGAUGCUGAGACGUGUCAAACAACAGGACUCUGAUCUAGAUGCUGAGAAGUGUCAAACAACAGGACUCUGAUUUAGAUGCUGAGACGUGUCAAACAACAGGACUCUGAUUUAGAUGCUGAGACGUGUUAAACAACAGGACUCUGAUCUAGAUGCUGAGACGUGUCAAACAACAGGACUCUGAUUUAGAUGCUGAGACGUGUCAAACAGGACUCUGAUUUAGAUGCUGAGACGUGUCAAACAACAGGACUCUGAUUUAGAUGCUGAGACGUGUCAAACAGGACUCUGAUUUAGAUGCUGAGACGUGUCAAACAACAGGACUCUGAUUUAGAUGCUGAGACGUGUUAAACAACAGGACUCUGAUUUAGAUGCUGAGACGUGUCAAACAACAGGACUCUGAUUUAGAUGCUGAGACGUGUCAAACAACAGGACUCUGAUUUAGAUGCUGAGACGUGUCAAACAACAGGACUCUGAUUUAGAUGCUGAGACGUGUUAAACAACAGGACUCUGAUUUAGAUGCUGAGACGUGUUAAACAGGACUCUGAUUUAGAUGCUGAGACGUGUCAAACAGGACUCUGAUCUAGAUGCUGAGACGUGUCAAACAACAGGACUCUGAUUUAGAUGCUGAGACGUGUCAAACAACAGGACUCUGAUUUAGAUGCUGAGACGUGUCAAACAACAGGACUCUGAUUUAGAUGCUGAGACGUGUCAAACAACAGGACUCUGAUUUAGAUGCUGAGACGUGUCAAACAACAGGACUCUGAUUUAGAUGCUGAGACGUGUCAAACAACAGGACUCUGAUUUAGAUGCUGAGACGUGUCAAACAACAGGACUCUGAUUUAGAUGCUGAGACGUGUCCAACAACAGGACUCUGAUUUAGAUGCUGAGACGCUGUUUACUUGGAUAUAAGCCAUACGCACACAGCAAUCCAAUGAUAACGUCAUGUGCCAUUCUUUUACCACAGGGGACUACAUUGUAAUCCUUUAUUCACAUAAUGUACAAAAUAUUUAUAAUGGUCAUUUUUAAACAUGAUGUAAUGUUUGAUAAUUUGAUAAUUGAUUUUGUCUCUUUGUGUCGGGUCAGUUGCGAGUGUUCAAGCUGGCGAAGUCAUGGCCCACCCUGAACACGCUGAUCAAGAUCAUCGGUAACUCAGUGGGCGCUCUGGGCAACCUGACCCUGGUACUGGCCAUCAUCGUCUUCAUCUUCGCUGUGGUGGGCAUGCAGCUGUUCGGCAAGAACUACCAGGACUGUGUGUGUAAGAUCUCUAAGGAUUGUAUGCUUCCCCGCUGGCACAUGAAGGACUUCUUUCACUCGUUCCUCAUCGUGUUCCGGGUGCUGUGCGGCGAGUGGAUCGAGACCAUGUGGGACUGCAUGGAGGUGGCCGGACAGCCGCUAUGCAUCCUGGUCUUCAUGCUGGUGAUGGUCAUAGGAAACCUGGUGGUGAGUAGUGCCGUUGGGAAACCUUCUGAUUCACAAUGUGAAAUGUAGAGAUCAGAUCUAACAAAGAGUGAAGGUCAGACAAAGACGUAAAUGGCAAUAGAACAGGAUUAUUGCAAAGAGUUUAGAGUUUUGUGGAAAUAUCAGCAAGAUGGAAAUAUCAGCAAGAUUGUUGUUUGGCAUAAAUUAUGUGAUGGAAUUAUGGAUACAAUUAGUAGUCCUGUUGCAAAAACCUCAUUGAGAAUGUGAGGUGUAGAAUCAGAAAUGGGAUCUGAAAAAGGUACUAAUAGCACAGGAUUAUUACAAUGCAUUGGACAGACCAGAGCUACAAGGUUCUUCUGAGUUUCAUGGAAACAGCAGCAAGAUGGUCUGAUUGGUUGUUUGGCCCAAAUGAUGAGAUGGGAUGUGGGAUUCUAUUGGGGAGGAGGGAAAAGGAGGGAGAGAGGGUUUAUGUACAGGAUUCUAUUGGGGAGGAGGGAGAGAGGGUUUCUGUAAAGGAUUUGUAUUUGUAUUUAUUAAGGAUCCCCACUACUCUUCCUGCGGUCCAGCAAUUAAAUGUGGUCCUCUGUAGCUCAGCUGGUAGAGCACGGCGCUUGUAACGCCAAGGUAGUGGGUUCGAUCCCCGGGACCACCAAUAAACAAAAAUUUAUGCACGCAUGACUGUAAGUCGCUUUGGAUAAAAGCGUCUGCUAAAUGGCAUAUUAUAUUAUAUACAAUUACAUUUCAUAUCGCUUUUCACAACACGUUAAGUGUGUUCCCUCAGGCCGCUCCUCUACCAACACAUAUCUACAAUACAAAAUCCAUGUGUGCGUGUGUGUAGAGUGCGUGUCUUACAGUGAGGGAAAAAAGUAUUUGAUCCCCUGCUGAUUUUGUACGUUUGCCCACUGACAAAGACAUGAUCAGUCUAUAAUUUUAAUAGGUAGGUUUAUUUGAACAGUGAGAGACAGAAUAACAACAACAAAAUCCAGAAAAAUGCAUGUCAAAAAUGUUUAUAAAUUGAUUUGCAUUUUAAUGAGGGAAAUAAGUAUUUGACCCCUCUGCAAAACAUGACUUAGUACGUGGUGGCAAAACCCUUGUUGGCAAUCACAGAGGUCAGACGUUUCUUGUAGUUGGCCACCAGGUUUGCACACAUCUCAGGAGGGAUUUUGUCCCACUCCUCUUUGCAGAUCUUCUCCAAGUCAUUAAGGUUUCGAGGCUGACGUUUGGCAACUCGAACCUUCAGCUCCCUCCACAGAUUUUCUAUGGGAUUAAGGUCUGGAGACUGGCUAGGCCACUCCAGGACCUUAAUGUGCUUCUUCUUGAGCCACUCCUUUGUUGCCUUGGCCGUGUGUUUUGGGUCAUUGUCAUGCUGGAAUACCCAUCCACAACCCAUUUUCAAUGCCCUGGCUGAGGGAAGCAGGUUCUCACCCAAGAUUUGACAGUACAUGGCCCCGUCCAUCGUCCCUUUGAUGCGGUGAAAUUGUCCUGUCCCCUUAGCAGAAAAACACCCCCAAAGCCUAAUGUUUCCACCUCCAUGUUUGACGGUGGGGAUGGUGUUCUUGGGGUCAUAGGUAGCAUUCCUCCUCCUCCAAACACGGCGAGUUGAGUUGAUGCCAAAGAUCUCAAUUUUGGUCUCAUCUGACCACAACACUUUUACCCAGUUCUCCUCUGAAUCAUUCCGAUAUUCAUUGGCAAACUUCAGACGGGCAUGUAUAUGUGUUUUCUUGAGCAGGGGGACCUUGCGGGCGCUGCAGGAUUUCAUUCCUUCACGGCAUAGUGUGUUACCAAUUGUUUUCUUGGUGACUAUGGUCCCAGCUGCCUUGAGAUCAUUGACAAGAUCCUCCUGUGUAGUUCUGGGCUGAUUCCUCACCGUUCUCAUGAUCAUUGCAACUCCACGAGGUGAGAUAUUGCAUGGAGUCCCAGGCCGAGGGAGAUUGACAGUUAUUUUGUGUUUCUUCCAUUUGCAAAUAAUCGCACCAACUGUUGUCACCUUCUCACCAAGCUGCUUUGGCGAUGGUCUUGUAGCCCAUUCCAGCCUUGUGUAGGUCUACAAUCUUGUCCCUGACAUCCUUGGAGAGCUCUUUGGUCUUGGCCAUGGUGGAGAGUUUGGAAUCUGAUUGAUUGAUUGCUUCUGUGGACAGGUGUCUUUUAUACAGGUAACAAACUGAGAUUAGGAGCACUCCCUUUAAGAGUGCGCUCCUAAUCUCAGCUCGUUACCUGUAUAAAAGACACCUGGGAGCCAGAAAUCUUUCUGAUUGACAGGGGGUCAAAUACUUAUUUCCCUCAUUAAAAUGCAAAUCAAUUUAUAACAUUUUUGACAUGCAUUUUUCUGGAUUUUGUUGUUGUUAUUCUGUCUCUCACUGUUCAAAUAAACCUACCAUUAAAUUCUAGACUGAUCAUUUCUUUGUCAGUGGGCAAACGCACACAAUCAGCAGGGGAUCAAAUAUUUUUUUCAUUCACUGUAUCAUGUGGAUGUGUAAGCGUGUGUCUGUGCCUGUGUGUGUGUGUGUGUGUGUGUCUCUUCACAGUCCCAGCUGUUCCAUAAAGGUAUAUUUUUAUCUUUUAAAAAAAUAUAUCUGUUGCUAUUGGGGAGGAGGCAGAUAAAGGACCAAUGCAUUCAAGGUAAUCAGUGUCUACAAUAUAGGCAUACUCUGAGAAUGCUUUCAGACAGUGUGAGAGGAUUGAUCUAGGAAAUGACAGAGUAACUAUAGGGUUUGCAUUGUCUGUUAUGGUCACCAUGUUACUACAAUGACUCUAUGUACAGUAUCCGUGUGGGCCAUCCAAGACCCAAUGACAUCUCAGAAAAUGGUGGCCGCAUUGUCAUAUUAACUGGCUUGACGUGCAGAUUACUACAGUCCCCCUUGGCAUUUUUCCUAUUUUGUUGCGUUACAAUCUGUAAUUUUUAAAUGGAUUUUUAUUUGGAUUUCAUGUAAUGGACAUACACAAAAUAGGACAAAUUGGUGAAGAAAAAUUAAUAACGGAAAAGUGGUGAGUGCAUAUGUAUUCACCCCCUUUGCUAUGAAGCCCCUAAAUAAGAUCUGAUGCAACCAAUUACCUUCAGAAGUCACAUAAUUAGUUAAAUAAAGUCCACCUACAGUUGAAGUUGGAAGUUUACAUACACUUAGGUUGGAGUCAUUAAAACUCGUUUUUCAACCACUCCACAAAUUUCUUGUUAACAAACUAUAGUUUUGGCAAGUUGGUUAGGACAUCUACUUUGUGCAUGACACAAGUACUUUUUCCAACAAUUGUUUACAGACAGAUUUUUUCACAUAUAAUUCACUGUAUCACAAUUCCAGUGGGUCAGAAGUUUACAUACACUAAGUUGACUGUGCCUUUAAACAGCUUGGAAAAUUCCAGAAAAUGAUGUCAUGACUUUAGAAGCUUCUGAUAGGCUAAUUGACAUCAUUUGAGUCAAUUGGAGGUGUACCUGUGGAUGUAUUUCAAGGCCUACCUUCAAACUCAGUGCCUCUUUGCUUGACAUCAUGGGAAAAUCAAAAGAAAUCAGCCAAGACCUCAGAGAAAUAAUUGUAGACCUCCACAAGUCUGGUUCAUCCUUGGGAGCAAUUUUCAAACGCCUGAAGGUACCACGUUCAUCUGUACAAACAAUAGUACGCAAGCAUAAACACCAUGGGACCACGCAGCCAUCAUACAACUCAGGAAGGAGACGCGUUCUGUCUCCUAGAGAUGAAUGUACUUUGGUGCGAAAAGUGGAAAUCAAUCCCAGAACAACAGCAAAGGACCUUGUGAAGAUGCUGAAGGAAACAGGUACAAAAGUAUCUACAUCCACAGUAAAACGAGUCCAAUAUCGACAUAACCUGAAAGGCCUCUCAGCAAGGAAGAAGCCACUGCUCCAAAACCGCCAUAAAAAAGCCAGACUAUCGUUUGCAACUGCACAUGGGGACAAAGAUUGUACUUUUUGGAGAAAUGUCCUCUGGUCUGAUGAAAUAAAAAUAAAACUGUUUGGCCAUAAUGACCAUUGUUAUGUUUGUAAGAAAAAGGGGGUAGCAUGCAAGCCGAAGAACACCAUCCCAACCGUGAAGCACGGGGGUGGCAGCAUCAUGCUGUGGGGGUACUUUGCUGCAGGAGGGACAGGUGCACUUCACAAAAUAGAUGGCAUCAUGAGGAAGGAAAAUGAUGUGGAUAUAUUGAAGCCACAUCUCAAGACAUCAGUCAGGAAGUUAAAGCUUGGUCGCAAAUGGGUCUUCCAAAUGGACAAUGACCCCAAGCAUACUUCCAAAGUUGUGGCAAAAUGGCUUAAGGACAACAAAGUCAAGGUAAUGGAGUGGCCAUCACAAAGCCCUGACCUCAAUCCUAUAGAACAUUUGUGGGCAGAACUGAAAAAGUGUGUGCAAGCAAGGAGGCCUAUAAACCUGACUCAGUUACACCAGCUAUGUCAGGAGAAAUGGGCCAAAAUUCACCCAACUUAAUGUGGGAAGCUUGUGGAAGGCUACCCGAAACGUUUGACCCAAGUUAAACAAUUUAAAGGCAAUGCUGGCAAAUACUAAUUGAGUGUAUGUAAACUUCUGACCCACUGGGAAUGUGUUGAAAUAAAUAAAAGCUGAAAUAAAUAAUUCUCUCUACUAUUAUUCUGACAUUUCACAUUCUUAAAAUAAAGUGGUGAUCCUAACUGACCUAAGAAAGGGAAUUUUUACUAGGAUUAAAUGUCAGGAAUUGUGAAAAACUGAGUUUAAAUGUAUUUGGCUAAGGUGUAUGUAAACUUCCAACUUCAACUGUAAGUGUCACAUGAUCUGUCACAUGAUCUCAGUAUAUAAACACCUGUUCUGAAAGGCCCCAGAGUCUGCAACACCACUAAGCAAGGGGCACCACCAAGCAAGCGGCACCAUGAAGACCAAGGAGCUCUCCAAACAGGUCAGGGACAAAGUUGUGGAGAAGUACAGAUCAGGGUUGGGUUAUAAAAAAAUAUCAGAAACUUUGAACAUCCCACAGAGCACCAUUAAAUCCAUUAUUUAAAAAAAUUAUAUGGCACCACAACAAACCUGCCAAGAGAGGGCCGCCCACCAAAACACACGGACCAGGCAAGGAGGGCAUUAAUCAGAGAGGCAACAAAGAGACCAAAGAUAACCCUGAAGGAGCUGCAAAGCUCCACAGCGGAGAUUGGAGUAACUGUCCAUAGGACCACUCUACAGAGCUGGGCUUUACAGAAGAGUGGCCAGGAAAAAGCCAUUGCUUAAAGACAAAAAAUAAGCAAUCACGUUUGGUGUUCGCCAAAAGGCAUGUCGGAGACUCCCCAAACAUAUGGAAGAAGGUACUCUGGUCAGAUGAGACUAACAUUUAGCUUUUUGGCCAUCAAGGAAAACGCUAUGUCUGGCGCAAACCCAACACCUCUCAUCACCCAGAGAACACCAUCUCCACAGUGAAGCAUGGUGGUGGCAGCAUCAUGCUGUGGGGAUGUCUUUCAUCGGCAGGGACUGGGAAACUGGUCAGAAUUUAAGGAAUGAUGGAUGUCGCUAAAUACAGGGAAAUUCUUGAGGGAAACCUGUUUCAGUCUUCCAGAGAUUUGAGACUGGGACGGAGUUUCACCUUCCAGCAGGACAAUGACCCUCAGCAUACUGCUAAAGCAACACAUGAGUGGUUUAAGGGGAAACAUUGAAAUGUCUUGGAAUGGCCUAGUCAAAGCCCAGACCUCAAUCCAAUUGAGAAUCUGUGCUAUGACUUAAAGAUUGCUGUACACCAGCAGAACCCAUCCAACUUGAAGGAGCUGGAGCAGUUUUGCCUUCUCAAGUUUUAAGUUUUUCUGUCUUAUUUCUUGUUUGUUUCACAAUAAAAAAUACUUUGCAUCUUCAAAGUGGUAGGCAUGUUGUGUAAAUCAAAUUUACAUUUUACAUUUACGUCAUUUAGCAGACGCUCUUAUCCAGAACGACUUACAGUAGUGAGUGCAUACAUUUUCAUACUAGUCCCCCGUGGGAAUCGAACCCACAACCCUGGCGUUGCAACCGCCAUGCUCUACCAACUGAGCUACACGGGACAACAAAUGAUACAAAUCCCCGAAAAAAUCCAUUUUAAUUCCAGGUUGUAAGGCAACAAAAUAGGAAAAAUGCCAAGUGGGGUGAAUACUUUCGCAAGCCACUGUAUAAGCAGACUUCAAAACAGAUUCAGUCUGGACAACAUACUAACCAUCUGUUAUCCUCUACAAAGUACAUACAACAUGUAUGGCAUUAUCCUACUGUCCAGUCCCAACAAGUAUAUCCACACUGGAGUGGAGUGGUGUUUGCAGCAUUCAUACUGCCGAACGUCCGCUAAAGGCUUAAAUGUUUUAUCCAGCAAUAAUAAAUAAGGUCUUAAUGGGUUGAACAUGUGAUCCAAGUUGUUCAGUACUUAAGAUCUGAUGAGGUAACAUUGGAACGUUACAGCAGGGUACGGUAGCUAGCUGCAGCACUGUGUAAUAUCCGGACUCAGCAGGUAUCGACAGUUUAGUUUUAUAGUUAUGAAACAAAGCCUUCUUGAUGAGAGGGCACAGAAAUCGAACUGUUUUAUAUAAAAAAGCAUUUAAUCCAAGUAACGGCUCUGUUUAUACACAACUGCUGUCACUUGGCACCACAGCAAUGCAGUAUUGGUUGAGCCACCCAGAUGUUGCUUUGUUAUCCAUCUGUGUCCUGGAAACUACCAUUUAAUGAGAAGGGAUCAAAACUUUUUUUCCCAGAACUCCAGACAACUAGUAGUUGGUCGUUCGGCCGGCCGGACAGCAAAUAAUAUUUCUCUCAUUCAUCCAUUCAUGUUCAUGUAGCAUAGCUUUAGCUUCGUGUGCUGCUGGAUGGAGAACAUUACAGAGCUAAAUUAAGUCUUUCAAAAGGGCCAAUCUGCAGUUGCUACAUUCAUUUUUGGAUUUAUAAUGAAGGAUAUUUACCCAUUGACUCUUGAAGAAUAUAACUUGAAAAAUGCCUCAUGAGCUUUAGUUCAACUGUUGAACCCCAUCAGAACCCAAAAUAUAAACUUGUUUUACUCCAAUGUUUGUAAACAAACACUGUAUAGUCGCAAAACAUGGUUAAAACUAUAAUUUUGACAUCAUCAUCAUCAUCAUGAUGGUCGGUCUCUACAGCCGUAGCUCUGUCUAUGAAGAGUGGUUACAUUUCUCCAGUCCCAUCAUGAUGGUCGGUCUUUACAGCCAUAGCUCUGUCUAUGAAGAGUGGUUACAUUUCUCCAGUCCCAUACCUCAACUAUUUUACCAUUUUUGAAAGAUACUAUUUUUUAAUUCAACAUUUUCUCAUGUUUUUUUUUCUUUCUCUGAGAUAUUGUUAGUUAUUUCUUUCAUUUCAUUCUUUAAUUAAAUUCAGAUGAAAAAUAAAACCUUCACAUUUUAAAUGUUACGAACAAGUACAAUAAAGUUGAGUACCAUUUUCUGCCAUUAAUGGACUGCAGUAGAGUCGGAGGUAACCAUUUUGUGUAAUCCAGGACACAGGCAGGCUAAAUCCAAACGAGAGAGCGUGACCGGAACAGUAUUACCGGGCUCUGGCUUUUGCAUGUCAUUUCCAAACCACAUACAGUGUCCAAAGUUAUUGACACUUGAUAAAGAUGAGCAAAAACAACUGUAUAAAAUAAAUAAUUUAAAUACUGAGCUAUUGUAUGCAACAACAAAAAAAAGGGAAAUUAUAUUAUUUUAUACUAAUACAAUUGCUCAGAGAAAGAGAUUUAGUUUAAUAAGUAAUACUUUUUUCCCCUCAAAAAUAUAAGGGUCAAACUUAUUGACACCCCUGUCUUCAUUACCAUUCAAUACCUCUCCUUUUCUAAAAUGUUUUCUGAGAUUGGAGAACACAUUGGGAGAGAUCUCAGCUCAUUCAUCCAUACAGAAUCUUUCUAGGUCCUUGCUAUCCUUUGUCUGUGCUUAUGGACUGCCCUCUUCAAUUCAAACCACAGGUUUUCAAUGGGUUUCAAGAACAGAGAUGGAUUUUGUGGUCAAUUAACCAUUUUUUUGUGGAUUUUGAUGUGUGCUUGGGGUUAUUGUCUUGCUGGAAGAUUCACUUGCGGUCAAGUUUCAGUCUGCUGGCAGAGGCAACCAGGUUUUUAGCUAAAAUGUCCUGGUACUGGGUAAAGUUCAUGAUGCCGUUGACCUUAACAAGGACCCCAGGACCAGUGGAAGCAAAAUAGCCUGAUAGCAUCAAAGAUCCACCACCAUAUUUUACAGUAGGUAUGGGUUAUUUUCUGCAUAAUGGAUUUUCAUUUAGACGCCAAACACACCACAGGUGUGCUUGGCCAAAGAGCUCUGUUUUAUAUUCAAACAGUGUAUUGCCCCCAUAUACAGGAUUUACCUGCCUGUGAUCAAAUCAGUUAACUGUUUGACAACCAUGUCAGGCUUUAAGAGAGCAUAGCUUUAAGAAGGUAAAAUCCUGUUGGACACUAGUCAAACAACUGUUCCGUUGGCCUUUACUUCCCUGUCGUCAUUAAAGGCUACUUCGUAAUGGAUCUUAUCCUCAUGCUCAGAAACAAAUCUGUGAUUUUUCAACAAUUUGAAAACAAUUUGAUUAGUGUUAUUUCCAAAUUUCCAAAUAGUUGCUGGUUAAACACACAAUCUACACAUGACCUUCUGAUUAGCAGGUUUUUGCAUGAGUGGAGUUUCGGAAUGCCUGGUGACAUCACCAGGUGGUGAAUAAGUUAAUAGACCAAAAACAAAGAGAGUUCUAAAGCUCUCUGCCAAUAACAAAGAGAGUUCUAAAGCUCUCUGCCAAUAACAAAGAAAGUUCUAAAGCUCUCUGCCAAUAACAAAGAGAGUUCUAAAGCUCUCUGCCAAUAACAGAUUGUUUUCGGCUGCCCUUCCCUUCCCAAAUCAGACCACUCGAAGACAGUCCUAGCAAAAUUCUUGCUUGAGAAAUUGUUUAUUUUUGCUAAAAAUAUGUAUUUUUUCUUUUUGUCAACUUUAAUGGAAAAUUAUUACAGUAAGGUACUUAAUUUUUACCCAGAAAUGAUUAAGGAUAUUAAUAUAAAAACGGCUGCAUUGGGUUUUUAAAAAUCUGAUUAUGGACAACGGCAUACGAUGUUAUGAAGCUAGUUAUAAUGGCCGCUAUAUAUGACCACCAGAUUCCUCCAGCUCUCCUCUGGGCAUUACAUGGUCAGACUGACAGAAACCCUCCCUCUCUCUAAACACAUGAAUCAUUUGAAAGCUGUGGAUCUCGGCAGAUCUCUAGGGUUCGCGAGCAACAGAUUGCUUAGAUGCGAGGUCAAAGAGCACCCAUCAACAACAAUCUGCUCAGAUCAUGUGCAUGCUCCCUCCAUCCCCAUCUCAAUGAGCAGUAGACUCCCUCAUAGCAGAUCAUCCCACACCAACUAGUUAUGUCCCACACACAAAGCAGAGGUAUCUGGAGCCUAGAUGACAAACAGCUGUAGUGCUCUCUGAGCAGGCAGAUAGAUUACUGGAGAUCACAUGGGAUGCUGCUUGGAUCCAUAGCAACGUGGCAACAACAUUGAUGUGUUUGAACCGGGGCAGGGUUACUCCUCUGUAGGGUGCCUAUAGGAUUUGAUUCUGUUGACAAAACCAUUGUCUGGGGUCUUGUCAAGGGUCUUAAAGAAUAGAUUAUAUCUUGUCUGUCUUGAGUUCCCUACCUCUGAUCUGCUUACAUAUAAUUUGAACAUGAUCAAAAUACACCAAUUUGUCCCCUUUUUGUGUGGCUUUUGACAACCUAUAUAUGGCAACCAAUGUAUCAAAGUACACAUUUGCAGAGCGUACGAAAUUGUCCUAGUAUUCGUAGUAUAUUGCAGGAUAUGCAAGUGGCUCAAUAGCAAUAUUGAAUAGGACGGGAGACAAAGAGCAACCCUGUCUGGUGCCUCAUCUCCGAUAGUGUAUUUCCAUUAUACCCGUCUCCCUCUCCUCUUCCAUCCCAGGUGCUGAACCUGUUCUUGGCCCUGCUGCUCAGCUCGUUCAGCUCAGACAACCUGUCCGCUCCCGACGAGGACGGAGAGAUGAACAACAUCCAGAUCGCCGUCGCCCGCAUCCACACAGGGUUCGCCUGGCUGAGGAGGAACGUCUCCGACCUGUUCAACGGAAACCUGAAGAAGAGACGUCUCGUGACCAAAGACGUUCAGAUUUCUGUGAAGCUGACGCCCGUAGCCAAUCACGUGGAGAGUAACGGUGGGGUGGGGGCCGUGGUGGUGGGGGUGAUCGGACGCUACGGGGAGAAGGUCCCGGACGACGACAGCUACAUGACCAACCCCAACCUGACCAUCAGCGUGCCCAUCGCUCCCGGGGAGUCGGACGUGGAGUUCCCUGAGGAAGGAGAGGUGGAAGAGGAGACGGAGUCGUCAGACGACGAGGAGAACAAAGCGGUAAGGCUUAUCGCACAAAUUAUUAAUCACACUGAAAAAAGGAGGAUAUGUUUUAUUCUAAAGUAACUAGCUUUGUAGUCUGCUAAAGGGGUGUUUUUUGUGCAUCCAAAAGCACAAAAAAGUGUACAUUUUGUUUGACAUUUUUUCUUAUUAAAUAUACAGUGGGGUCCAAAAUGAUUGACACCUUUGAUAAAGAUGAGCAAUAAUGACAGUGUAAAAUAAAUAAUUAAAAUACUGAGCUAUGGGGAAAUUAUGUUAUUUUAUACUAAUACAAUUGCUUAGAGAAAGAUAUUUACAUUCUUGAAAUUUUUUAUGUAGGUAUCAAAAUUAAUUGACAUGUCUUAAAGAUACUUAUAAAUAAAUUAGUCAAACGUUUAGUAUUUGGUCCCAUAUUCCAAGCAUGCAAUGACUACAUCUAGCUUGUGACUCUACAAACUUGUUGGAUGCAUUUGCCGUUCAUUUUGGUUGUGUUUCAGAUUAUUUUGUCCCCAAUAGAAGUGAAUGAUAAAUAAUGUAUUGUCAUUUUGGAGUCACUUCUAUUGUACAUAAGAAUAUAAUAUGUUUCUAAACACUUCUACAUUAAUGUGGAUGCUACCAUGAUUACGGAUAAUCCUGAAUGAAUUGUAAAUAAUGAUGAGUGAGAAAGUUACAGAGGAUCAAAGAUCAUACCCCCAAGACAUGCUAACCUCUCACCAUUACCAAUAACAGGGGAGGUUAGCAUGUCAAAAUAAUCUGAAACACCACCAAAACAAACUGCAAAUGUAUCCAGUCACAAGCUUGAUGUAGUCAUUCCAUGCUAGGAAUAUGGGACCAAAUACAACAUUUCUACUACUUCUUUAGGGGUGUCAAUCAUUUUGACCCCUACCUUUACUUGUUAAACAAAAUCUCUUUCUCUGAGCAAUUGCAUUAUUGCUCAUCUUCAUCAAGGGUGUUAGUCAUUUCUGACCCCACUGUGUGUAUAACUACACUAACUUGAACUUGGUCAUAGGACUUUUAUGGUAAAAGACACAAUCCUGAGUGUCCCCAGUCCUGAGUGUCCCCAGUCCUGAGUGUCCCCAGUCCUGAGUGUCCCCCAGUCCUGAGAGUCCCCAGUCCCGAGCCUCCCCAGUUCCGAGCGUCCCCAGUCCCGAGCCUCCCCAGUCCCGAGCCUCCCCAGUCCCGAGCCUCCCCAGUCCCGAGCCUCCCCAGUCCCGAGCCUCCCCAGUCCCGAGUCUCCCCAGUCCCGAGUCUCCCCAGUCCCGAGUCUCCCCAGUCCCGAGCCUCCCCAGUCCCGAGUCUCCCCAGUCCUGAGUCUCCCCAGUCCCGAGUCUCCCCAGUCCCGAGCCUCCCCAGUCCCGAGCCUCCCCAGUCCCGAGUCUCCCCAGUCCCGAGUCUCCCCAGUCCUGAGUCUCCCUAGUAACCUCAGAUACACUUAAACAUCAGUGCCAUGGUGUACUGUACCAGAUUGCCACCUGCUCAUGUCACUCAAAAGUUAGAGUGAGGUCAAGGAUCAAUGAGCUGCAGGGGGCGGGCCAUAUGGUAGAUUACAGGAAGUGGGUAGUACUGUAGAAUAGAUAGGGGCAGAAUGGAGGCUUUCCGGAUAUAUAAUCUGGUAAAUCUGUGAGCCAGGCAGACAGACAAGGUGAUCCCUGGUGACAGGACACAGAUUUAGUUUCAUAAUCGCUACGCAACGCUACACACCAAUAGGGUUAGGCGGUAUCCAGAUUUUCAUACCGUCAUACCGUUUCUGUACCAUACUGGGGUAUACGGUAUUACUGGAAGUGCACACAAGGGCCGCUAUUAAAAAAACAAAAACAUUUAGGCAAUAAGGAUCUUGAUCCAGGAGGGGAUUGACUGUCUCUAGUCUGGGUUCCAGUUCUGUUUAGCUAACAUUCCACUCCUUGGCACUCCAUGUCAUUGCCAAAGAGACUGGCCUUUCGGCAAUCUCAACGUUCAAUAUGCAGCUGGAUUUACGGUGGAGUUGCUCAUUGGUUGUUGGAAAUAACAUUAAUAUUUUCCAUGACAACAUGUGGAGCCUCGAAAAUAGAAUUAAAAAUUAUAAAAUCAAAAACAAGCUAGCAACUUUUGACAGACUGGUUUCAUCUGGACAAACAAACAAAAAAAGGUUGCUAAGCAACCGGAUACCAACGUGUUCUGUGGAGAAAAUAAUAAUAAUAAUAAUAUGCCAUUUAGCAGACGCUUUUAUCCAAAGCGACUUACAGUCGUGCGUGCAUAAUUUUUUUUUUUUUUUGUGUAUGGGUGGUCCCGGGGAUCGAACCCACUACCUUGGCGUUACAAGCACCGUGCUCUACCAGCUGAGCGUUACAAGCGCCGUGCUCUACCAGCUAAAGUGAUAGAGUUCCAAUAUUUGGAUAAUCGUUGGAGGAUAGCUGUGAGGGUUAUCCAAUCAGGAUCAACUCCUCUGUUCUUUUUGAGCUCGUUAACGAUAGAACGUUCAUAUUUGAAGAUGGCAGAAAGCCCAGUCUCUAUGGCAACAUGAUAUGGAGUACAGGGAGUGGAAUGUUAGCUGAAGAGACUGUUACUCAGGCUAGAAUGUCUCCGCUGUCACCAACAAGCUGGGUCUUGACAUCUAGCCACUUAGCGAGCAAGUUAACAAAGCACCUGCAAAGCUGGAGCCCUGAGCUGGAUAUAAUUUAUUUAACACAUCUUACAUUUCUUAUAGCUUUACUUAACUUAUAAUGCACCCUCGUGUUUUUUUUAAAAACGGUAUUGAAAAUCAUACCAUUGGUAUUUCGAAAUACCCCGGUAUACGGUAUGAAGGGUAAAUCGCCCAAGCCUACACACCAACUCACCAUCUCAAGGACUGUAGGAAAUCUUUUAUUUUUAGGUGUGUUUUUUUUUUUCACAUCCUCUUGUGGUCCAAACACCAGAGUUUGAACCGUGAGAAAGAAGACAAAAAGCUUGCGUGUGUUAGAAAAUGGACUGUAGCUGAAUGAUGAGACACAACUGAAUGGUGAUACAUCGGAUGUAACUACAGUACUAUUUCACUCUCCAUCAUGGUGAUAGACGUUAUCGCCAGGUGAAUAAUGUAUAAACUAGAGGAAUGCUGCUUUGAAAAGCCUGUCUGUAUCUGGUCUCUGUGGGUUGUGUUGUGUGUUGAUACUAAUUGGCAUUUACACACACACACACACACACACACACACACACACACACACACACACACACACACACACACACACACACACACAGACUGUCUGCCAGGGCCUUCAGAUGUGAUUCAGCCUGAAAACAUCUGCUAGUCUUCUCAGAAAGCACAGCGCUUGGUUACAAAGAAAACUGGUUCACAUUAAAUUACUGGAAGUGGGUUUUUGCUGCUCAUAGAUUGAGUCAUAUUCACCUCUUAGGUAAUUAACACAAUGUCACCUAAUGCAUCAUGUAUUACCCUCAGCCUUAAGCCUUGCCUCUCACCCCUCAUUGAGUCAAUCGUGUCUCUCUCUCUCUCCCCACCGCGAAAAAAAGGGGGGAAAGGGCCGAAAAAUAAGGGAGGGGGGAAAAAAAAGGAAAAAAAAACCCAACCCCCCGAAAAGAGGCGAGUUGAAAGAAGCUCCCGGAGGCCCCCCCCCAAAACAAAAGGGGAAAAAACGCGCGGAAAAGGGCGGGGGGAGGAAAGAGGGAGGUAGGAAGGGGGAAAAAAAAAACCCCAAAGAAAAGGGGGGCCGGCCAAGGUAGGGGGAGGGGGGGAGGGAAAGAGGAAAGGCCCCAAACGGAGAAAAAAGCAGGGGGCCGGGGAAAAGGGGGGGAAAAACAAAACAAAAGAGGAGGAGAAAAGGGGGAGAAGGGGGAAAGAGGGGGAAAAGAGGGGAAGGGAAAAAGGAAGAAGAGGGGCCGAGGGAGGGGAAGAGAGAAAGGGGGGGGAAGCGAAGGGAAGGGGGCAAGGGGGGUUUUGGAAAAGGGAGGGGAAAAGGAAGGGCCCGGGGGAAAGGAGGAAAACGGAAAGGGAAAAGAGAAGGGGAGGUAGGAGAAGGGGGGGAGAAAAGAGAAAAAGAAAAAGGGCGCCGCCGGGGACGGGCACGAGAGGAAGAGGGGGGAACGGGGAAAAGAAAGGAGAGAAGGGCCCAAACCCCCUUGGCGAAGGGGGGCCCCCGAGCGAGGGAGGCCAAUUUCCCAGAAAGAUUUGGGAGAUUUUUUUAACCCCCCCCGAGGGGAAAGGCGCGCCGAGCUCGGGAAAAAAGGGGGAAGGGGCCGGGAAAGGAGGAAGAGAGAGCGAAAAAAGAGGGCAUCUUUUGAAAGGUGCCCAGGCCCUAAUUUAAGUGAUUUUUGUUUAUAUCUAAAAGGGGGGAGAAAACCCCCAGGUGCCCCCGCCCCCCAAAGGGGGGAACCCCUUUUAAAAUCGUUUCCCACCUUGGUUUUUGUAAAAAAAAGCUUUUUGGGGGGGAAAGGAAACUCUGAUAAGGGAAAACCUAAAAAGGGUAAAAAAUUUUUCUUUCCCCCUUUGGAAAAAAGAGAGAAAGAAGAGGGAAACCCAAGAAGGAGAAAGGGCCCCCCAAGGAAGAGGGCCCCCCGGAGAAACCGGCGGAAAGGGAAGGGGAGGUGACCGGAAGGGGGAGAUUUUGAAGUAAGGGCCCCUCCCAAUUAAGAGAUGAGGAAAGAGAGUGAGGAUAAGUUGAUUUUGGAAAGAACGAGGUUUUUAAGUUGGCUCGCCCCCCCCCCGGGGGUAAGGGGGAGAAAAAUGGAAGGGGCCCCCUUUUUUCGGUUUUUUACUUAGUUUUACCCGGGGACCCACCCCCCAGGGAAAGAUCGUCUCUUUUUUUCCUCUCUUCUCCCUCUUCUCUCCCCUCUUCGUUUCUUUUCCCCUCUCGCCCCCCUCUUUUCUUUUUAUAUUUUUCUUUUUUCGGCCCCCCGUUUUUCUUAUUUUUCCAAUUUUUUUUUUCCCCCCCCCUUCCCCCCUUUUCCCCCGUUAAAUCCUUUGCAGGGUUGGCAGGCAGCAUCAGUCUGCAGUGGGCAGAUGCUAAGUUGUAGAGCUAUAGAACUGUAGUGAUAGAGCUGCCCAGGCCCUGCAGAUUAAAUAGGCAGAGUGGACAUAGCAGAGCGGGGUGGGGCAGGGUGGGGCGGGGGAGGGUGGGGCGGGGGAGCUGGGCAUGGUGGGGCGGGGGAGCUGGGCAUGGUGCGGUGGGGUAGGGUUGACGCCAGAGCGGGGUGGGGCGGGGCAGGGUGGGGCGGGGGAGCUGGGCAUGGUGCGGUGGGGUAGGGUGGCCGCCAGUGCGGGGUGGGCAGGGGUGGUGCCGGGCUACCGGGCAGCAGUCUGGCCUCCUCCUCGUGCCGUCUUUCCCUGGUGUGCCCUGCUCCCUGCCCGCUCCACUCCAGAAUUAGGCUCUGUGCAAAAUGGAUAUUAGGGAAAAAAAGCAUUCUACAGCCAUCUAGCAGCUUAGCUGGCAUCAGCAGUGCACUCUGCAGUAAAAAAAGGAUGUGCUUCACACGUGAAGGACUUUAAAACACACCAAAAAAUAACCUGCCGUUUGGAUUUAAGCAGCAAGCCUGUAGUUAGCAACAAAUUGUUUGAUUAUUUAUUUAAAAAUAAUUAAUGAAGAUGAUUUGUGGUUUACUUACUUAUUUGAUGUGAUAAUUUUCUUCAGUGAUUGAAAAUCAGCAAGUCUUAUCUCUGAAAGGCAAUGACAUAUUAUGGAUUUGCUCACACUUUAUGUGGUGUGUGUGUGUGUGUGUGUGUGUGUGUGUGUGUGUGUGUGUGUGUGUGUGUGUGUGUGUGUGUGUGUGUGUGUGUGUGUGUGUGUGUGCGUGUGUGUGUGUGUGUGUGUGUGUACGUGCACACUGAUGUUAGUGAAAUGAUCAUCUCUGAUCCUUUACUGUUGACCAUAGUGUAACACUGAUUCUAUCUAAAUGCUGCCAGAGCAGAUUCCCUCUGUUCAUCUUUCAGCCCUAAGAAUGAUACCGACAGUAAUCCUGUCUCCAGGUUCCACACACACACACACAUGCGUACACACACACACACACACACAUUCUUUAAUGCUGGAUUACGCUUUCGUUUUAUUGGAUUGCAGCAGCACCUCAGUCCCAAUAAUCCCAGUAAAGCGUGUGAAAUAUGUUUCCAUUACUACACAGUGAAAUCUCAUCAGACCUGGACUAAGACUUCCUGGAGAUAGAAGGCAGAGGUCACAGCACAACCUGAAAUCUGAACUCAGAUCCCUUACUGUAGCAUGAGAUUACAGCACAGCCUGAACCCUGAACCCUUACUUUCAAAUACAUUCAGCGUUUGUUUUAGCCUGCUUGGCAUGCCAGGUGGGCGGGGUUGACAUUUUGGGACUAUUAUAUUUGUCUAUUAAGCCAAGCAAACUCAAUCAAGCCCAGAUAAAGUAUUUGAAAUUAUUUUGAAUAGUACUUGAACCCAGGUCUGGAUGACAGAUCGAAGACACAGAAAGUACGCGGUUCAGGAAGUAAACUCUGACCAUUUAAUGGUUGAAACUUAUGCGUCGACUCAAUGCUUGACGUGUGCACUUAUGUCACAGAUAUGUCACAGAUUGGGCUCUGGGAGUGUGGAGUGUGGUAUCAGGAAAAUAACCUCUCACUCAACAUCAACAAAACAAAGGAGAUGAUCGUGGACUUCAGGAAACAGCAGAGGGUGCACCCCCCUAUCCACAUCGGCGGAACAACAGUGGAGAAGGUGGAAAGCUUUAAGUUCCUUGGCGUACACAGCACCGACAAACUGAAAUGGUCCACCCACGCAGACAGUGUGGUGAAGAAGGCGCAACAGAGCCUCUUCAACCUCAGGAGGCUGAAGUAAUUCGGCUUAUCACCUAAAACCCUCACAAACUUUUACAGAUGCACAAUUGAGAGCAUCCUGUCGGGCUGUAUCACCGCCUGGUACGGCAACUGCACCGCCCACAACCGCAGGGCUCUCCAGAGGGUGGUGCGGUCUGCCGAACGCAUUACCGGGGGCAAACUACCCGCCCUCCAAGACACAUACAGUACCCGAUGUCACAGGAAGGCCAAAAAGAUCAUCAAGGACAUCAACCACCCGAGCCACUGCCUGUUCACCCCGCUAUCAUCCAGAAGGCGAGGUCAGUACAGGUGCAUCAAAGCUGGGACCGAGAGAAUGAAAAACAGCUUCUAUCUCAAGGCCAUCAGACUGUUAAAUAGCCAUCACUAGCACAUUAGAGGCUGCUGCUGCCUAUUGAAAUCACUGGCCACUUUAAGAAAUGGAACACUAGUCACUUUAAUAAUGUUUACAUAUCUUGCACUACUCAUCUCAUAUGUAUAUACUGCAUUCUAUUCUAUAAUAUUCUACUGUAUCUUAGUCAAUGCCGCUCUGUCAUUGCUGUCAUUGCUUGUCCAUAUGUAUAUAUUCUUAAAUCCCAUUCCUUACUAGUUUUGUGUGUAUUGGGUAUAUGUUGUGAAAUUGUUAGAUAUUACUUGUUAGAUAUUACUGCACUGUCGGAGCUAGAAGCACACGCAUUUCGCUACACCCGCUAUAACGUCUGCUAAACACGUGUAUGUGACAAAUAACAUUUGAUUUGAUUUGAUUGAUGUUAUUAAUACCUCAUUCAAAUAGUGUGAAAGGGGGCUGGUAUACGUUUAGUGAGUACUGAUUUAUAAACAGUCAACUAAUGCAGUUGAGAGACUGGGUGGGUUUAGGUUUCUUAGUGUGCAGAGAAGUAACUGGGGUCUGAUGGAUAUGGAAGCACUUUCUAUGGGGAUGGAAAAAACAGGAAUGAAUAUGGGUGUGACGUGACUUCCUGGUGUGACUUCCUUGUUCCUGUGUUGCAGGAAAAAGUGAGCCUAUCAGAAGGCAGCACGGUGGACUUGCGGAAGCCAGGGGAGGAAGAGGAUGACUUCUCUGAGACGGCUGAUGAUGUCAUGGAGCCAGAUGAAUGCUUCCCUGAAUGUACGUAGCUACCGUAUGCUAGAUCAUCAUGAUUAGCAUUGUGUGUGUGUGAUUUAAGUGAUUUAUUAAAGAGUCAAAUCAAAUUGUAUUUGUCACAUGCUUGGUAAACAACAGGUGUAGACUAACAGUGAAAUGCUUGCUGGAUGGGGGGCGAGCUCGGCCCUUCCCAACAAUGCAGAGAGAAUAAAAGAGAAAUAUUAGAAAAACAAUAACACCAGAAAUAAGGGGUGGCAGGGUAGCCUAGCGGUUAAGUGCUUUAUGCCAGUAACCGAAAGGUCGUUGGUUCGAAUCCCUGAGGCGACUAGGUGACAAAUCUGUUGAUGUGCCCUUAAGCAACGCACUUAACCCUAAUUGCUCUAGUAAGUCGAUCUGGAUAAGCGCGUCUGCUAAAUAAUUUAAAUAUAAAUACACAAUGAGUAGCGAUAACUUGGCUAUAUACACAGGGUACCAGUACCUAAUUGAUGUACAAGGUAAUUGAGGUAGAUAUGUAUUGUACAUACAGUGCCUUCAGAAAACAUUCACACCCCUUGAUUUUUUCCACAUUUUGUUGUGUUACAGCCUGAAUUUUAAAUUGAUAAAAAUUAGAUUUUUGGUUACUGGCCUACACACAAUACCCCAUAAUGUCAAAGUGGAAUUAUGUUUUUUUCGAAAUUUGUACAAAUUAAUUACAAAUAAAAAGCUGAAAUGUCUUGAGUCAAUAAAUAUUAAAACCCUUUGUUAUGGCAAGCCUUAAGUCAUGCGCGGCCACGCAGUCGUAGGUGAACAGGGAGUACAGGAGGGGACUAAGCAGGCAUCGCUGAUAGUCCCCCGUGUUGAGGGUCAGCUUAGGACAACUCAUCAGGAAGUCCAGGAUCCAGUUGCAGAAGGGAGGUGUUCAGUCCCAGGGUCCUGAGCUUAGUGAUGAGCUUGGAGGGCACUAUGAUGUUGAACAUUGAGCUAUAGUCAAUGAACAGCAUUCUCACGUAGGUGUUCCUCUUGUCCAGAUGGGAGAGGGCAGUGUGGAGUGCAAUAAAGUUUGCGGCAUCUGUGGAUCUGUUGGGGCGGUAGGUAAAUUGGAGUGUGUCCAGGGUGUCUUGGAUGAUGGUGUUGAUGUGAGCCAUGACCAGCCUUUCAAAGCUUUUCAUGGCUAUAGAUGUGAGUGCUUCGGGGCGAUAGUCAUUUAGACAGGUUACCUUGGCGUUCUUGGAUGCAGGGACUAUGGUGGUCUGCUUCCAACAUGUAGGUAUUACAGACUGGGUCAGGGAGAAGUUGAAUGUUAACCUGUUUAAAAGGUCUUACUCACAUCGGCCAUGGAGAGCGUGUUCACUCAGUCGUCCGGAAUAGCUGGUGCUCUCAUGCACGGUUCAGUGUUGCUUGCCUCGAAGCGAGUAUAGAAGAAAUGUAGCUUGUCUGGUAGGCUAUCAUCACUGGACAGCUCGUGGCUGCGUUUCCCUUUGUAAUCCGUGAUAGUUUGCAAGCCCUGCCACAUCCGACGAGCGUCAGAGCUGGCAGAGUAGGAUUUGAUCUUAGUCCCGUAUUGAUGUUUUGACUGUUUGAUGGCUCGUUGGAGGUCGUAGCGGGAUUUCAUAUAAGCUUCCGGAUAAGUGUCCCGCUCCUUGAAAGCGGUAGCUCUAGCCUUUAGCUCAGUGCGGAUGUUGCCUGUUAUCCAUGGCUUCUGGUAGGGACAUGUACUGUACGUACGUUCACUGUGUGGACGACGUCGUCGAUGCACUUAUUAAUAAAGCCGGUGACUGAUGUGGUAAACUCCUCAAUAUUAUCGGAUGAAUGCUGGAGCAAAUUCCAGUCUGUGCGGACCACUUCCGUGUCGAGUGCAUCACUGGUACUUCCUGAUUUAGUUUUUGCUUGUAAGCAGGAAUCAGCAGGAUAGAGUUAUGGUUAGAGUUGCCAAAUGGAGGAUCGAGGAAGAGCUUUGCAUGCAUUUCUGUGUGUGGAGUAAAGGUCAUGCUGGUAAAAAUGAGGUAAGACAGAUUUCAGUUUGCCUGCAUUAAAAUCACCGGCCACUAGGAGGAGCCUCUGGGUGAGUAUUUUAUUGUUUGCUUAAGGCCCUAUACAGCACGUUGAGUGCCAGCAUCGGUUUGUUGUGGUAAAUAGACAGCUACGAAAACUGUAGAUGAAAACUCUCUUGGUAAAUAGUAUGGUCUGCAGUUUAUCAUGAGGUGUUCUAAUUCAGGCGAGCAAAACCUUGAGACCUUAACAUUAGAGAUCGCGCGCUCCAGCUGUUGUUAACAAAGCGACGCACGCCUCCCCGUAAAAAACAUCUGUAUGUAUAUUAUCCAUGUCGUUGUUCAGCCACACAACACCGAGAAACACAGGAUAUUACAGUUCUUCAGGUCCCGUUGAUAGGAUAGUCUCAAACGGAGCUCGUCCAGUUUGUUCUCCAGUGAUUGUACGUUUUGCCAGGAAGGUAGAGGCGGUUUAUUUCCCUCGUCAACGUAGUCUCGUCAGGGAACCCACUCGUUUGCCUCUGUUGCUCCGUCUCUUCUUCUCGAGUCCCGGGAUUAGGGUCCGGGAUGGGCAGUACAUCCACAGCUUCCGACUCGUUGAAGUAAAAAAUCUUCAUCCAAAAUCGAGGUUAGUGAUCGCUGUUCUGAUGUCCAGAAGCUGUUUUUCGGUCAUAGGAAAAUACUAUGUACAAAAAAAGUUGAGAUCAGCGUAAAAAACAACAACACACAAAAUAACAGAAUUGGUCCGGAGCCCGUAAGACAACAGCUAUCCAUCUCUACAGCGCCAUCUUCUGUUUGUCUCUUUGUCUCAGUCUGCGUUCGCCACUGUAAGUGCUGUGAGAUCAACACGACUCGGGGCCUGGGUCAGGCCUGGUGGAGACUGAGGAAGACCUGUUACCAGAUUGUUGAACACAGCUGGUUCGAGACUUUUAUCAUCUUCAUGAUCCUGCUGAGCAGCGGUGCUCUGGUGAGACUACCACCACUUACCCCAGUCUUACCUGACCUCUCAACUUUCACCUCUGACCUCUUUAAGAGUCAGCUCAUAGGGCCACAUUUACUAAGCUAUUGCUCCACCAGUGCUAAUUUGAUACCAAGUUUCUUCAAAAGCAAAUAUAUUUUAAAAAAAUACAUAAAACAUGCAAUGUCUUUAUUUAGAUUUGACCUUUCUAUAUCUUUCUAUAAUGUAAUCUUUAUUUAAUUUUUUUUUUUUUACAAUUGCACUAAACAGCUCAUUCCUAAUCUUACAGCACAAUAGUUGAAUGUAUUGGUUUUAUAUAAGACCCGAUAGGUUCUAAUCUGUGGUUUCUCUCUUGACCCUCCUCUGCCGCUCUAGGCAUUUGAAGACAUCUACAUAGAGAAAAGGAAAGUGGUGAAGGUUAUAUUGGAAUACGCCGAUAAGGUCUUCUCCUACAUCUUCGUCCUAGAGAUGUUCCUCAAAUGGAUUGCCUACGGUUUCAAGAAGUACUUCACCAACGCCUGGUGCUGGCUGGACUUCCUCAUCGUC